AUGAAUAUUGGAGGUAUGUUCCGCAAGAACGCGACCGGUGGUGCUAGUGGCUCGAGCAGCCACCCCAACCCACGCAAGAAUCCGCGUAGGAAGAGGGACGGUCUCCAGAGCGAACUCGACAAGGAGUACAAGCGUUUGGCAGAAAGCAAGGUGCUCCCGACGAAGUGGCCCGACUCCAAAUUCAUCUCCCGCCAAAGCCUCAGCAGCGACUUCGACCUGCUGGUGCGCAAUGCCGGCAUGAAGUUCUUUGCAUCUCUAAACCAGGACACCUACAAGCGUGCCACUUUGGAGUUCAUCUUGUCCUUCCAUGACGACCUCGCCGUCCUCGAUCGAAGGACCACUGAAACCGUCACUUAUGGACGAUCCCAGGGCAUUUAUGAGCUGAUUGCAACGAAAUAUGAAGCGUCGUGGGGCGCGGCGGCGUUUAGAACGGGCAACACUACGGCCAUCUACAUCGGCAACACCAAGUCGUGCAUCGCUGGCUAUGGAGGCAGCGAGGAUCUGGACACCUCGUACAAGCUGUGUAUCCCCUCCUGGGUCGCCUUCACCGGCAACGGCACACUCUUCGGCGAGGCCGCCUUGAAGCACGCCGCCGUCAGCCCCGGGACGGCCGUCGCUGGCUUCAAGCGCCUCAUGGGCCUAGGGAUGCAUAACGCGGUGGUGAAGAGAGAGAUGGAGCUAGUGCCGUACAAACUUUUUAGAACGCCAUAUGGAACGCCUGGAAUCCAGAUCCAGGCCGAGGGAGGCGACGCCAGGAAUUUCCAAACCGAGCAAGUCGCCGGUAUCCUCAUGUCCAAGCUGAAGCAGAUGGCGGAGGCGCACCUGGGCCGCGAGAUCAAGAACGCUCUGCUAACCGCCCCCGUGCACUUCACGGCCGAUCGGAAGCAUUCUCUGAUGGCGCACGCUCGGUGGGACGGCGGCUUCUCCGGCACAAGGUCCGUGGGCGAGUAUGUGGCGGCGGCCGCGGCGUACGGCCUUCACGAGAAGCGGCGCCACGGCAAGGUCAUCCUUGUCUUCCAUAUGGGCGGCCGCACGACCCACGCCACCAGGUUCAAGUUCAGGUAUAGGGAUGGGCUGGCCCAUCAUUUGGGCGCAAGCUAUGAAGCUCAGCUGGGCGGCGCCGACCUCACCGGCAGGGUUGUCGACCACUUUGUGGAACUGAUCAAGGAGAAGCACCACCGGGACAUCCGGCAGGACGAGAGCGCGCUCCGGAAGCUGUGGGCGGCGUGCGAGGUCGCCAAGAAGGCGUUGAGCCACCGGGAAGACGCUGUAGUGAAGGCGGAAUCGGUGUUGGACGACGGCGCGGAUUUCUUUGCGCGGCUCACGAGGGCACAGUUCGAGGAGCUGAACGGCGAUCUGUUGGCAAGAGCCGUGGGCACGGUGGAACAGGCGGUGACGUGGCCCGCCCCGCCCGAGCAGUGGGAGAGCCGCAAGGAGAGCGUCGACGAGAUCAUCCUUGUCGGUGGCAGCGUCAGGAUCCCCAAGAUUGCUCAGUUUUUCAAGGACUACUUCCAUGGGCGGGAGCCAAUCGUGGAGGAGGAAGCGGUUAUUCGCGGUGCUGCUCAUCUCUCCCGUCGCGAGUCUGCAGAGUUCACGCUCCAGUGUGCUGAUUACUACUCGGACUACUUUGGAUGCUGA